GGCAGCCUGCUUUGUCGUCUCUCUCGCCUCCGUCCACCACCGUCGUUCCUUUGCGUUUGACUCCACGCCUCUCUCUCUCUCUCUCUCUCUCUCUCUCUCUCCCCCCUUCUCUUAUCCUUCACGCCAUCGCCCUCUCUCUCUCUCUCUCUCUCUCUCUCUCUCUAUCCUUCGAAUAUAUUGAUGUCCUCCUGCGUGUCUCUGAGCCUUCUGUUUUGAUUUCAGAAGUGUCUCCUCUUGUUCAGAGCUCAAAAACGAGGAAUCAAAAGACACUUUGUAGUUAAAACCCACAAACAAAGACCCCCACCCCACCCCACCCCCUCUGUGUACUCUUUCGUCACUUUGAUGCGCUGUUAUUAUGACUAGUCAAAGACUAAUCUUUCUGAAGAUCUCUGUUGUUUGUUUCUGAGGUUUCCAAAGGAAGCUCCGCUUGAAAUCUCGUGGUGGGCAGCAGUGGUCUGUCAUUAUGGCCGGUAGUAAUGAGAUCAACGUCAAUGAAUCCAAGAAAGUGGUUCCGCUGAACACAUGGAUCCUGAUAUCAAACUUCAAGCUAGCAUACAACAUGCUCCGCCACCCGGACGGCACGUUCAACCGUGACCUAAACGAAUUCCUCGACAGAAAAGUCACCGCCAACACGAUCCCGGUCGACGGCGUCUACUCCUUCGAUGUCGUCGACCGGGCCACCUCCCUCCUCAACCGCGUCUACCGCCCCUCCCCGGAAAACCCCUCCCAAUACGGCGUCGUCGACCUCGAAACCCCCCUCAGCACCACCCAAAUAGUCCCCGUCAUCAUCUUCUUCCAUGGUGGUAGUUUCGUCCAUUCCUCCGCCAACAGCGCGAUAUACGAUACAUUCUGCCGCCGCCUCGUUAACCACUGCAAGGCGGUGGUAGUUUCGGUGAACUACCGUAGAGCGCCUGAGCAUCGGUACCCGUGCGCUUACGAGGAUGGGUGGACCGCUCUGAAGUGGGUCCACUCGAGACCCUGGCUUCGGAGCAGUAAAGAUUCUAAAGCGUAUGUUUAUUUGGCGGGCGAUAGUUCUGGAGGAAAUAUCGCCCACCAUGUGGCUGUUAAAGCGGCUGAAUCAGGCGUUGAGGUGUUGGGGAAUAUACUACUACAUGCAUUUUUCGGGGGACAGGAGAGGACCGAAUCGGAGAUGAAGUUGGAUAGGAAAUAUUUCGUCACGAUUGAGGACCGGGAUUGGUACUGGCGGGCUUAUUUACCCGAAGGAGAGGAUAGGGAUCACCCGGCUUGUAACCCGUUUGGGCCGAGAGCGAAUGGUAGUAUUGAUGGGCUAUGUUUUCCGAAAAGUCUGGUUGUGGUGGCCGGUUUUGAUCUGCUUCAGGAUUGGCAAUUGGGGUAUGUUGAAGGGUUGAAGAAGGCGGGGCAUGAGGUGAAUCUGUUGUUUUUGGAAAAGGCGACGAUCGGGUUCUAUUUCUUGCCAAACAACGAGCAUUUCUACUCCCUGAUGGAGGAGAUAAACAACUUCGUGAAUGAUCCUAAUAGUAACUGUUAAUAGAUUUGUGAGUAGCUCUUUAACUUCAUUACAGGCCAAAAAUGAAAAAACCCCCCCAAAUACGUUACCAAAAAGGUUGACACUUCACUUGGGUUCUUUUUUCCUUCCCCCCUUUUGCAGUGGCUGUGUGUAGUUAUAUGUAGUAUAGGAUUUGUGUAGUAGUUCUUCGUCAUCGUCUAUCGUCGUCGUCUACGUGUUGUUAAGAUGUUUUCUGUGAAGAAAUUUAGUAGCUUAGCUUUCUCGGUGCGAAAGGGUAUUUUUUGCAUAUGAGGGGGCUAAGUCCAUUUAGUUCGGCAGAUUGUUACUACAUUCAUGGGAUUUUAGCAGAAAUACUGAUGAAUUUCAAGCUUUACCCUGUCGAGCCUUCGGCCUGGAGGGAGGAGGUGUAGAGUACAAUUGGGGGUAAAGUUUAGUGGGUGGGUUUUCAUUUGGCUACUAGUACAGAAGCUAAUUUCAGAAGAUGAACUGGGAUAUAUGUUCCAUGAUAUGCUUCCUGUGAAGCUUUGUAUUGUUAUACUUGUGUUCUGGUAAUAUAUAAAGAUUUUGUUUGUUGGUCAA